AAUAGGUGCCCGACCUGUUAUUACUUCCUUAAGCAAAGGCAACAAUCCUUCCCUUAACACCAACACUGAAAUUUGACAUAAAAUACGGCGGAAAAAUGAGUAAUUGAGAAAAACAUAUACGAAACAGUCGGGGCGACCUGAAGAAGAGCACACAAUCAUGGUGAAGGUUAUAACUUUUGCAGCGAUGACAGUUGGCGCCUUCAUUUUCUGGCAGACCAUGGAUAAAGCCCAUGUCUGGAUGGCUCUCCACCAGGACGAAAAGAGGGAGAAAGAAUUACAGGAAAUGGAAAUUGUACGAACGAGACAGAAGUUAUUAAGGGAACUUAAAGAAAAAGAAUCAACGGUGUAGAAAGUUUCGUGGACAAUGUUAAUUGGUGAUGCACAUCAACUAAUGAUAAAACAUUAUUUUCAAAGCAAUUGCUAUGAGAUCCCAUGGUGGAAAAACUGAUUAGUUGGAAAUGAUUCUGUUGAGAUAAACCUAUGGUGGUGUCUGAUUGGAUUAAUAUGGUUGUCACAAUAAAUUUUCUUUUUGUUCA